AUGAUAAGGUGUGUCUACACAGCACAAAAGAGCAAAAAGUUAAAGACAUGGAUUGACGGGUUUGUAGAGCACAAGGGAAAAAGGCUUUAUCUAUACAACUCAGAUAUGAUGAAGAUAGAUAGUUCGCUGGCUUCUGCUUUGGACAACGAGAUGGAGACAUACAAAUAUCUUGUUUAUAUCGAUUCCUUCGAGAACUUUGACCAAGAUGAGGUGGAAAAUCAGGAGCAGAUAUCAGAUCCCUCAGCGUCAUCGAAGGGAAAUUUGAACAAAGGUGUAAGAGGUAGUCAUAAGGAAGAAUGCUCGCCAUCAAAAGGAAGGUCUGAAGAAGAAAUAAUAAACCUAUUUGGAAAGUAA